UGCCAUUUUGAUAAUUUGGAAAGUCUAUUUCUUAAUGAAGAAAAAUAGGGAGAAACGGAGAACAAAAUGUAUAACAAGAAAGAAGCUAUUUCGUCGGAGGAGGAGAUCCAACAUUGCAGACGGCGAGAGAAUGGAUAUAGAUCUAGACCUGUGGAUGGCGAUGUUGUUGUCAACCUAUUUGGCCAACCCAGUUUUGAAUACUAGGAUUUGGAGUUUGCCCAAAAGUGAUUUCUGGUGGCGAGUGAUAGUUAUGGAAACUUUCAAGGAAGAAGACUGGUUGAGUCACUUUAGAAUGUCGAGAACCACUUUUGAAUUUCUAUCAACACAGUUGCGUCCUUUCAUUCGCAAGACUGAUACUCAUAUGAGGAUGGCCAUUGGAGUGGACCAACGAGUUGGAAUUGCACUCUGGCGUCUUGCGACAAACGUGGACUACAGAACAAUCGCACAACUCUUUGGUGUUGGGAUAGCGACUGUCUGCGUAAUUGUUCACGAGGUAUGCAAGGCCAUUAGGGAAGCUCUCCAAGACACCAUGGUGCGUAUACCCAGAGGUGAUGCUGCCAUCGAAGUCGUCCGGGAGUUUGAGGUAAAGUGGGGGUUCCCUCAAUGCUUUGGAGCUGUCGAUGGAAGCCACAUCCCGAUACUCUCACCAAAGGAAUAUAGAGCAGACUACUAUAACAGAAAGGGAUUUCACUCCAUGGUGCUGCAGGGACUGGUCGAUCAUCGCUACAGAUUCAUGAAUGUGAACUUUGGAUACCCAGGGAGUGUUCACGAUGCUCGAGUAUUUUCAAACUCAAGUUUAUAUCGACUUGGUAAUAAUGGUGCUCUGUGCCCACCCAUUCAACGCGAAAUAAAUGGAACACAGGUCCCAGUCGUCAUUCUUGGUGACAGUGCCUACCCCUUGCUGCCUUGGCUUCAAAAGCCUUUCAAUGACAACGGCCAACUAACCAGACAGAAGAGGCUCUUCAACUACCGUCUGAGUCGAGCCAGAAUGGUGGUGGAGAAUGCUUUUGGUCGCCUUAAAGGACGAUGGCGCAUUCUUCUAAAACGACAGGAUACACAUGUGAAGUUUCUAGGAGACAUUGUAGUAGCGUGUUGCAUUUUGCACAAUUUGUGCGAAUCUGCAGGGGAAAACUUCAAUGAAGAACUCCUCAUCGGUGUUGAACCUGCUCAAAAUGCCCUUGAUGGCAAUGAUGAGCAAGUCAAUGGCGAUGCAGCUAUGAUCAGGGAUGCACUUCUCCAAUAUUUCGCAGACUUCUAA